CUCUGCUCUACAAUCAACUAUCACCAUGGGCAAAAAGAGGGUGCUUGUGGGCUACGGCGUCGAUGUCGAUGCUGUCUCAAACCACAUCAACACGAUGGUGGGCGGCAAGCCUGACCUGAUGAACAUCUCACGAGGGGUCUUCGGUGCUACUCGGGGCGUCGAGCGAUUGUUAGAACUUUACCGCCGCAAGAAUAUCAAAGCUUCAUGGUACAUACCGGGUCACACGAUUGAGAGCUUUCCGCUGGAAAUGAGUAAGAUUCGUGAUGCUGGUCAUGAAAUAGGCCUUCAUGGCUAUACGCACGAAUUUCCUUCGGAGCUCUCAGCACAGCAGUUUGAGACCAUCAUGGUAAAAACCAUUGAUAUCUUAACAAAGUUCUGUAACGGAGAAAAGCCUCAAGGAUUUACGUCUCCAGCGUGGAAGAACAGCCCCGACCAGAUUGGGAUAUUGGAGAAGCUGGGUAUUGGAUAUGAUCAUUCAUUCAUGCAUGACGACUUCCAAGCCUACUAUAUGUCGACUGGAAGAGAAGAGGUCGUGUUGACGGAUUACUCAAAAGAUCCCAACGAGUGGAUGGUGCCGAUGAAGCAAGCGGAAAAGACGAGCGUAGUGGAGAUUCCUGCUUCUUGGGCACUUGACGACUGGCCACCCCUGCAGUAUAUGCCGAACAGACCUAACAGUCAAGGCUUCAUUGAUCCAUACAAUGUGGAACGACAAUGGCGAGAACAAUUCGAAUGGUGCUACCGAGAAUACGACACAUUCAUCUUCCCUAUGAGUAUCCACCCACAAGUCAGUGGACGGCCUCACAUUCUACUCAUGCAUGAACGGUUAAUCGACUGGAUCAACGAGCACGAGGGAGUGGAGUGGUGUACAUUUGCGCAGAUGGCCGAGGAGUUUCGGCAAGGCAAGAUAUGAAUUUUACUAGUGUGCAAGAAAUCUGCCAGAGAGCUGUAUUAUCGUUCUCCGCCA